UGUGUUUCACAUGGUAAUCUAGAAAAGAAAGAAAGGAGCAAAGCCCUAAUCAAAGCUCAAACACUAGACACUUUCCAACCUAGGUACAUCUAGAAAUCAAUUGUUGUUUGAAUGGCAGGACCUGAGCUCACAAAAACCACUAUCGCCCCCGCCACCACCACAGCCACCAAAGCUAUGCCGAAGUCAUCGACAUCGAGAGCUAAAGCAGCACUUCGGAGGUUUGUUGGGGUUCGGCAAAGGCCUUCUGGGAGAUGGGUAGCCGAAAUCAAGGACUCUUCUCAACGUGUAAGGCUUUGGCUCGGAACCUACGACACUCCCGAAGAGGCAGCAAGAGCCUACGAUGAAGCAGCUAGAGCCCUACGUGGUGAAAAUGCCCGUACAAACUUUGCAACACCGGUGGCCAACCCUGACAAUAAAUCGAGCCUUUUGGCUAACUCUUGUCCUAAUCCAAAUGACACUUUUAUGCCUUCUGGGUUGUCCGAUGGACGCCACAGUGGGGGGCAAGGGCUAAGCUUUUCUUCUUUGAAGGCCAAGUUAAGCAAGAACCUCCAAAGCAUCAUGGCUAGGAGUAGUGAUCAUCAUAACAAGUCCUCUAAAAGUAGGGUGAGUGAUCACUUCACUUUUGCAAGCAUAUUCCACUUCAGAAAGUAUCAGCAAUACCAAAACAACCCAGUAAACCCUUUGUUCGAUAUGAAGAACAUAGAGAAAGUGGUACAGCCUAGCAUCAUUGUGCCCCAUACUGGAGAAACUAGUACUAGCACUAGCACUGACCCUUCAUCUUGGGAAAGUUCUAGUAUUUCGGAUUGUAGCGACUGGGGUUACAGCUUCAGGCAACCCGGGAUGGACUCUGAUGGGUCCGAACUUGGGGAUGGGUUCAUGGACCAAAUUAUGGGGUGGAUGGAUAGUCCAGAUCAGAUGAGUAGCGGUACUGUUGGUGAUGAUUGUGAGGAGGGGUCAAGGAGUAAGAGGUUCAAGGUUUCUUCUUCUGUAAUGGUGCCUUCAACAUUUGCUGGAUCUCCAUAUAAUAAUUAGUACUGGAGAUUUUCAUGCAAAAAUUAAAGGCAGGGUAUCAUGCUAUUAAGUGUUUACUUUGCUGAUUAAUUAAUCCUAGCUAGCUUCUUUACAAAAGGCUGAUAAGUUAGCCCUAAGAAGUUGUUUGCUGACAUGCUGCUAAUGCAUGCUGUUGUACUUCUAGCUAGCUUAUGUCCAAGCUAAAAAGUACUUCUCUAAAGUGAAUUAAUGUACAGAGAGAGAGAGAGAUUGGAAUAAAAAGUUUAAAAUGAUUAAAUCAUGAGAGUUCUGCAUGUUACGAAAACAUGACCGAGUUUGGUAUUAAUGACAAGGAAUAUGUUAAAAAUCAGAGUA